AUGUCGCUCGUUGCUCCCAACCCGCACUUGCAAGAGGCGCUUGCUUCGAUCAGUCAAGCUUCCGCCGAAUUCACCAAUCCUGAUGCGCAAAUCAGAGCCAAAGGCGAGGCAACCUUUCUUGCACUUCGACGUUCCGAGGGAGCUCUCGACUACGCCAGCUAUGCUCUGGAACAUUCCCACGAUCCACUCGUUCUCUUUCAAUCGUUAAAUGCUGUGCUCUAUGUGCUGCCCUCGUUGGCAAUUCAGCAGCCAAGCCAAGGCAUUGCAUCACUCUCGUCGCUGCGGGAUUUCCUCCUGCACUUUUGCGUCUCCCGCAGCCAUCAUUCGUCUGGAUCUUCCGAAGCAGCUGCUUCAUGGCCUCAAUAUCUCCGCUCUCGUGCCUAUCAGACUGCCAUCGCCGUCGAAAAGCGUCUCCUUGGUCUCGAGCUGUCUCAGCAUGCGGGUCAGCUGUUAGGCACCAAUUCAGCUCUCGAUGCAGUCGUCGAGUCCCAUGUCAGUCUUCUCAACACACAGCUCGCGAGUCUCUUGUCACUUCCGUCUCCAUGGCCGACCGACCCUACCCAGUCGGCUGCUGCGCUAGCACGAAUCGUGGCCGGCCUGGGUCUCGUCCGUGCUGUCGUCGACGAAUUCAUCCUCACCAGCGCCAACGACGUCUUUGACACCUCCUCCUCCUCCUCCUCCUCGGAUCGAAAUCGAGCACAACCUGCUCAAUCCACAGUGAAACAUGCCGUUCCUGGCUCCGCAGUUGGCCUCAAUUUGCUCCAACAUCGUCAGUGCAAGUCUCUUAUCCAAAAUCAUGUUCUUGCAGGUCUGAUGACUGCUGUCUUUCAACUUCUGUACAACACCAUCUCGGAAGAGGCAGGCGCUCCUGGUAGCGCCGUUCUGUGGCGUCAGACCCUCUUCUUCCAGUCUGCGUCAGCCACCGAAAAGCUACUCGGCUGGACUUUUACCCGCUUCGACCCAUUCACCUCGAGCGCUUGGCAGCAGCAGUCACGCUCACAACACGAGGACUCAGUGCUGGCCACUGGCGUGGACGAAGAUGACGAGCCAAACGCUUCGUCUGCAUCCACCCAAGGCAAGAGCUUCCUCCGGCCACAGCAUGUGCCUGACACCUUUAUUCCUGUGUUGCUGUCAGACGACGUGGUAUCGCUCCUCAGCUCAGCGUAUCGUUUCGGUCUUCGACUUCAAGCAUCAAGCGCGGCCAGUCGAGACAUUUCUUUCGCCGUGCAUCGUCUUCGACAAUGCAUCUUGUCUUCGUGCAGCUUUACACCACAAUCCCACAAGCCCCAGCACGUUCCUGUCCUAAUUUCACGCAGCAAACACCUCUGCGUCACGCUGCAGUCCCUGGUGGACGAGGCUUGCAGUUUUCCCUUCCAACUUCUCUCUGCUCAGGGCAACUCGAUGCUUUUCUUGGCGCAGGCCUUCCAGAUCAUCGUUUCUGUCGUACCGCUACAAAUCCUAGCAGCGUCAUUGCAAUCGGGCGAUGACGGCGUUCAGAAUUGUUUCGCCUUCACCUCGUCACUGUCUUCGCUUGGCAAUGUCAUCUUUGGUCUUGCCUUUCACCGACCCAAGGAUACCGACGAAGAAGACGAUCUCGCCGUCCUCGUCGAAGACGCUAUUAACGUUCUUCUGGCUUGCUGGCAAGCUCUCACCUCGUCGCUGCGACAGCAUGAUGCGGCUCACGCUCCAAACACCCACGUUCAAGUAUUUGCCCAGGCCGUGCACGGCAGCAUUCGCGACCAGGUCUUUGUUCCGUACGUCAACGGUCGUCUCGAGGCAGCUUUGUUCGUUGGUGGAGAAGACGACGUAUCCGAAGUACAAGAAGGUACCACCAAGGACCGAGAUGUCUACUCGGAUCAACUCAUCACCAUCGCCAACCUUGCACGAACCUCGGCAGCCGAAAAUCUGCGCGCUCUACAGCAGCUUGCCCAGCCUCUGUGCGAUAAGUUGAUUUCCAAAUCGCAGCGCCAGGCCAAUUUCUCUGAAUUCGAGAUGGAUCAGGCCUGGGAACAGAUCCACUGGCUCCUCCUAAUUGCAGGACACGUCCUUGCCGAUGAUGCACGGGGCGAAACGCCUGAGGUGCCCAGCGAGAUCGCGACCAGCGCAGAACCGGAGGAUCCCGCGGUUGCGCUCAUCAUGCAGCUCGGAAUGCAGCUUUUUCAGCAUCUCUCCGCCUUCGGACCUGCAUCUGCGGAAGCCACGAGUCCACAAGUGACGGAAACGCUAUUGUGGUUCACGGGCCGAUGGACAUCAUCCUACCUACUGAUCGAUGAACGAUCAGGCUUUGCCACUAACACUGCGAUUCAGCGCGCUUUUGGCGAUCAAGCUGGUCGACAGGUGCUCACGUUUUUGCUACAGCGACUCUGCGAAAAUCUUGAGCUCUGGAUGUCGGAUUCUGAUGUGCUGCUACAGCUUGCUCAGGUUCUUUCAACAUUCACCCGAUCAAGUGGCAUCAUGAUCUGCCUCCUUGAGCUUCCCGAGAUGGAGCAGCUCGUGUCUGGAAUUGUUUCUGGACUCGAUCAUCUCCCUGCCAACACGCACGGUGCACUCAUCGCUUCCGUUGUCAGCUGCAUCUACUCUGGCGCCACGCAUACCGACGCACCCACGGAGCGAUCCGCCGAAUUUUACUUUAAACAGAUCACCGCCUCGAUCGAGUCUCGCUUCGGCGCUCUCCUUUCGCGAGUGGACUUUGCUUCCAUCUCUCAGCGGUCCGACGUGAUCUCAGCUGUUCAGACGUCACUCGACAUGCUUGAAGGUCUGGCGUCUUCGAUGCAGCCAAACUCGGCAGAGAUUGUCUACGGUUUCAUCUCAAAGUUUUUCGGCGCAUUUUCGCAGCUCUGUCGAGUGUAUGACACGCGACCUGAGAUUGCCGUCUCGAUUUUACGACUGUUGCAUACGCUCAGCGUGUCGCUCGAGCUCGAUUUCGGCGCUGAGCCGUACAUCGUCAUGGGUAUCAAUCAAGCUACAUGGGAGCUGUUGCAGGUCUUCGAGGGCAAGAAUGGUGGAGGCAAGAAAAAGACGCACCUGCUUCUUGCCUCAGAAACCGGCUCACCUCUAGAUGACGAUGUGCCGUACGAAGGCCUGUGUCUAAUGACUGAGCUUCUAGCGGAGCUGUCAGGCUCUGCUCGUGCUGGCGUCGAUGACGGAGGCUCUAACCAGUCGAUGGAACUUCAACCGUUCAAGACGAGCGACGUCUGUCUGAUUGGGUUUGAACACGUUCUUGAACUGUUGCAAACACCGGAGCCGCUCAGCAUACCCCGACUUCGACAAGGCUUCGGCAAGCUUACCUCGGCUAUCUUUGGCCUAUUUUCAAGUCGUCUGAUUCUGCUCGCCUCGAACGCAGGCUCGACCAACUCGUUACUUUCAAAAGCAGUCGAGGCACUCUCGCUUUGCAUCAAGCUAGACGAAAAUGAAAGUGCUCAGCUGGGACUCGAAAGCAUGGUGGCGUUUUGCGAAAACGUUCGGGUUCAGUUCAGUCAACUGACGCCCCAACUUGUUGGAGCUUUGCACAGCAGUCUUGGAUCGGUUUUGCGGUUGUUGUUGGCCGAGCCUCUGGAUUCGACGUUGUUCUGGACGUCGUUGUUUGCAUUAUUGUCGUUGAUCAAAGUGUGCAAGUCGACAGAUCUGGCUGGUGCAGUGGGUAAAGCUUCGGCGGGGGUCGAGAGUCAAGCUGCUUUCGAGGGCGCAGCUAGAGAGCUGAUUGAAUCGGCGCUUGGGCCAUUGGGUCACGAUGACGCCGAAUGGAUCCAUGAAACGAAGCACAAACUUGCGCGAUGGCGAGGCCAGAUUCGCAUUCGCUGA